AUGACAGACCAGGUCAGCCGAGUGGUUGUUGCCUCGCGCAACCCCGUCAAAAUUUCAGCCGCAAGGGAGGCCUUUCAGGGCAUGUUUCCGUCCGCAGAAUUCUCCUUCACUGGUCUCAGCGUCCCCUCCGGCGUUGCUGACCAGCCCAUGACGGAUGGAGAAACCCUGCAGGGCGCCAGAAACCGAGCCCAAAACGCCCGCGAUGCAGAGCCCCAGGCAGAGUACUGGGUUGGCAUUGAGGGCGGCGUGGACGACAGCGGAGGCUCCAUGGAGACGUUUGCCUGGGUCGUUGUGCUGGGCAGAGCGAAGACGACAUGCUCAAGGGACGUCGAACGCAUGGGAAGAGCUCGAACGGCGGCCUUUUUCCAGCCAGAGGAGGUAGCCAGGCUGGUGCGUGGCGGCAUGGAGUUGGGACCGGCGGGCGAUCAGGUGUUUGGAAGCGAGAAUUCGAGAUUGCAUUCGGGAUCAAUCGGACUGCUGACUGGAGACUUGAUCAACCGGUCUGCCUAUUAUGUGCCGGCGGUGAUUGGAGCGUUGAUACCGUUCAGGAACUUGACGCUGACCUUUGCCGCCUUCUAA